AUGAGCAUUUCUAGUCAGUCCGCGCGCGAAGAAAGCCGUUCGCUUGCUGGAUCGCCGCCAUUGUUGACAAAACGACCUUAUCGUUCGAAAAAGAUCCAGCCAUGCGAUCUAUGUCGAGCUCGCAAGGUCGCUUGUACGAUGGAGAUUGGAGCUGCCUCAUGCUCACUUUGUAGCCGAAAGGCAUUGAGCUGCACCUUUCAAUCGCAUCCCAAAGCUAAAUCUCGUCCCGAUAACCGACCGACCACGCGAACGCCGCAGGAGCCCGACCAUGUUGCCCUGAAAAUUCGUUUUCUCGCCCGGACGGGCGUCGCCAGCAGUGAACCUACCCCGACACAUCUGUGGUUUAACCAGACGAUGAACAUGAAAGGUCACACGUGCUUCUAUGCCGGUGUGAGUGGGGACCAAGGGCCAGAUCUCCUACGGCACUUGAAUUUCAACGAGCGAGACAUUUUUGGCAAUUCCUCGUGGAGUGCAUGGCGGGUCUAUCCUCAUGUUCACGACCCGGUCUACUUUACCAUUUUCCCUGAGUCAAAUCUAGACCCUCAUUGUGACAUGUACCACAAUUCCAAGAUUGAACAGAUGCUGGGUCCUUUUGUUCCUGGACUGGUCGAUCUCUACUACACAUAUGUUCACCCCUCCUAUCCCCUUCUAGAGCCUAAGGAGGAGCUCCUCGGCCGUAUCGAGGGUGGACAGGUGAGGUCGUCGUUACUCAGCUGCGUUUACCACCUGGCCAUACAUUUCUGGACAAAGUCUACUGAGCUGAGACAGCAAGCCAUCCCCCAUCACCUUGACUUUUGGAAUGACAUUUUCGUGGCUCUGACAAUCGAGACGAGAACGCCAAAUCUGGACACCAUUAGAGGCCUUUUACUGUAUAUGCAACUCCCGUCGCGCUUUGUCAAAGAGCCCAACAAACCAGGGCAGUGGCCUCUGAGUUGCUUAUUGGCUGGCGUGGCCCAAGACCUUGGGCUUCACAUCGACCCGUCCGAUUGGCGUAUCCCCCCGGCAGAACGCAAAGCGCGCCGUAUUUUAUGGUGGGCAGUCCACGCUCAUAUAACAUGGACCGCUCACUUCCUGGGUCGGCCAUCGAACCUGAGCUCUAUGAGCUCCGAUGUAAAGCCCUUAGUCGUCGAUGACUUUACGGAUGAGUCCUUGAUGAUUCAUUUGGGUCAUCUGGCAUCCGCCCGAGUGUUUAUAGCAUUUUCAAACCUAUCAUGUAUCCUCGAAGAUGUCCUCCGAAGGCUAUGUACUACUACCAGCACUGAACAUGAACACCGACUGUCGUCAUCUACUGCCGCUCAGGAGAUCUGGGAACGCAUGUUCGACUUCAAAGAGAAGAUGGACGCCCUGAUUGUGGACUUGCCAGAAUCUGGAAGUGUUUUGUCGCUCCGGAUUGCAUACCAUACAGUCGAGUUAUCAAUUUGGCGUGCAGAACUCCGAGAAGCACAUCGUCCAUCUGGAGAAACUAGCCAGCUUAUGGUACAAACGAUCAGAGAGAUGCUUCAGAUAUUGGUGCGGUUGCAGCGCUCUGCCGAAGAGGGAUUCUGGCUUUCGUGUAGGUGAUUUUGGCUGGUCAGAGUCCGCUUGUUAACCGCGUCUGGCAGAUUGCACUGGAAACUUGGAAAUUAUAGGCUCGCUUCUCGUUACACUCUGCCUGUCGAGCACGAGUGAGCAGACACUGAACCAACAUAUCUCCUUGCUUCUAGAAUUCCGAUCGCACUUACAGCAAAUGUCACUGAGCAACAACUUGAUGUCCGGGAUUGGAAAACUGCCCUUGGUCAGGCUGAAUCUAAUUCUAGAUCAGCUGUCACUUAGACAACCUCAAUUCUGAGACCAUCUAGUAACUAAAGAAUAAUUAAAAUCUCU